AUGUAUGAUUUCGAAACUAUCUUUCCGAUUCCUCAAGAUAGUGGUAAAUUAUAUGGAGUUGAUGAGGCGGUCGAGGUAAAGAUACAGGAGGAGAAUACUGCCUUCCAUAAAAGCAAGGUAGUAUUCACCUAUAACCUUAACAGAACCAUGUUUUUUGUCCGCGAUAAUUUGGUCAUUACUGGUAAUGUCGAAGACGACUUUGACUUCGGUGAAGAGAAGAAACAUGAGACUCCGUUCCAGUAUUGUAUCGCCUCGCCCUCUUACCAGAACGUCGCGAACCGCGGCCAGGACUGUGCGGCAUUCGGUGGAGGAUGA